AUGUUGUUGAGCUGUGGAAGGAAUCAGAGGAAAUUGAGUGAAGCAAUGUGCUACAAGGGAUAUACUCACUCUAUGUAUGACUAUUCAAUUUUUUACAAGAAAACAACUGAGUCAAUAAUAUAUGUGGCAGUAUAUGCUGAUGAUGUAAUACUGACAGGCACUAACAAAGAAGAAAUAGAAGAACUGAAGGGAUUCCUACAUGAAAGCUUCAAGAUCAAAGACUUGGGCAAACUCCACUACUUUCUGGGGCUGGAAAUAUUGUAUAAAGCUUAUGGAAUUGUAAUCACACAGAAGAAAUUUAUGCUUGAUUUACUGAAAGAAUACAACUGCAUGGAUUAUAGCAGUCUUGCUUCACCACUUGAUCUAUCAGUGAAGUUGAGAGCCGAAGAGGGGAUUGCAUUACCUGAUCCCACUUACUAUAGAAAAUUGGUUGGAAAAUUGAAUUUUCUCACCAACACAAGAAUAGACAUAGCCUACAGUGUACAACACCUCAGCCAAUUCAUGCAAGACCCAAGAGAACCCCACCUGAAAGCAGCCUUUCACCUGCUGAGAUACUUGAAGGGUGAUCCCUCAAUGGGACUAUUCAUGUCACAUGAUCCAACAUAUAAUGUUAGAGCCUAUUGUGACUCUGAUUGGGCUGCUUGCCCAUAUUCAAGGAAAUCAGUGAGUGGGUACUUAGUUCUACUAGGGAAUAGCCCAAUAUGUUGGAAAUCUAAUAAGCAAGAGACAAUUUCAUUGUCAUCAGUAGAGGUAGAGUACAUGGCACUCAGAAAAGUAGUUGGGGAGCUGGUGUGGCUAUGCAGAUUAUUUGAAGAACUCAAUAUGCCCUUUAACAAACCAGUAGAAGUCUUUUGUGACAGCCAAUCAGCCCUACAUAUAGCACGAAAUCCUAUGUUUCAUGAGCGAACAAAACACAUUGAAGUGGACUGUCACUUUGUCAGAAGCAAGUUACAAGAGGGUUGA